GCGGAGGGUGACGCUGCUGAGGCGGAGGCCGCGCCUCAGUCUCGUCUCUGCCGCCCGCCGCCGCCGCCGCUCUCCACCCCGCUGGGCCGGAGGAAGACAGAAGCAGGCCGAGGCGACCCGCGCCGCGGAGGACGAGGAGGCCCAGGCGGUCCCUGAGGCGGCGGAGGGCCCCGUCGCUGGCUCGGCCGCGUUCCCCUUCCUCGUCUGCACAACAUGGCCGCGGAGUCCUCCUGAGGCGAUUCCGCGCAGCGCCCGUCCGCCUGCCGGGCCUCCUCCUUCCCUCCCUCCCUCGCUUCGCCUGCUCUUUCCCCUUCUGGCCGUCCAGCCUCCGCCGGGCCUCUCCUUCUCGGCCUGCUUCCCCGUGGAGGGAGCGGGUCAUGGGCUGCUGCGCCGGCAGAGGAGCCGCGGACGAAGCCGGGCAGGCCGCGCCGACCUCGACGAAGACGCUCGCAGCCGCCGCAGCCCCGCCGAUGGCUCCCGGGCGCCGCUAGUCCCCAGCGAGCGAGCGAGCGAGCGAGGAGGGACCCGAGAGACAGCCCCGCCGCCUUUCCCGAGAGAGUUUUGAGGCCCCGUUGCAGCUGAAGCCAUAGUAGCAGAGCUUGCUUCCCUGCACCAGGAGGCCACAGAGUGGAGAGGAGGGGACCAAGGGAGCAUUGAGGUCACCAUGGCCCACUCGCCAGUUGCGGUACAGGUGCCUGGCAUGCAGAACCAUAGAGCAGACCCCGAAGAACUUUUCACAAAACUAGAACGCAUUGGGAAAGGCUCAUUUGGAGAAGUCUUUAAAGGAAUUGAUAAUCGGACACAACAAGUGGUUGCUAUAAAAAUUAUAGACCUUGAGGAGGCAGAAGAUGAAAUAGAAGACAUCCAGCAGGAGAUAACCGUUCUAAGCCAGUGUGACAGCCCUUACGUAACAAAAUACUAUGGCUCCUAUUUAAAGGGCACAAAGUUAUGGAUAAUAAUGGAAUACUUAGGUGGAGGAUCGGCAUUGGACCUACUCCGUGCCGGCCCAUUUGAUGAGUUCCAGAUUGCUACAAUGCUAAAGGAAAUCUUGAAAGGUCUUGACUAUCUCCAUUCAGAGAAGAAAAUCCACAGAGAUAUAAAAGCUGCCAACGUGUUGUUGUCAGAGCAAGGAGAUGUUAAGCUUGCAGAUUUUGGAGUUGCGGGGCAACUGACUGACACGCAGAUUAAGAGGAACACCUUUGUAGGCACACCGUUUUGGAUGGCCCCUGAAGUCAUUCAGCAAUCGGCCUAUGACUCAAAAGCUGAUAUUUGGUCACUGGGAAUCACUGCUAUCGAACUGGCCAAGGGAGAGCCCCCUAACUCAGACAUGCAUCCAAUGAGGGUUCUUUUCCUCAUUCCCAAAAACAACCCUCCAACCCUAAUAGGAGACUUCAGCAAACCCUUUAAAGAGUUUAUUGACGCAUGCCUGAACAAGGACCCAACUUUUCGUCCGACAGCGAAAGAACUCCUAAAGCACAAAUUCAUUCUGAAAAAUGCCAAGAAGACGUCUUACCUGACGGAGCUUAUUGAUAGAUUUAAGAGAUGGAAAGCAGAAGGACACAGUAGUGACGAAACAGAUUCUGAUGGUUCUGAUUCUGAGUCUAGCAACAAGGAGAACAAUUCUCACCCAGAGUGGAGUUUUACUACAGUUCGGAAGAAGCCAGAUGCCAAGAAACUGCAGAACGGAACAGACCAAGAUCUCAUGAAAACCCUGAGCUGUUUAACAAUGAUAAUCACACCUGUAUUUGCUGAGCUUAAGCAGCAAGACACCAAUAACGCUAGCAGGAAGAAAGCGAUUGAAGAACUUGAAAAAAGCAUCAAUAUGGCAGAAGCAACAUGUCCAGGGAUCACAGAUAAAAUGGUGAAGAAACUUAUGGAGAAAUUUCAGAAGUUUUCUGUUAAUGACUCCUCCUAAGAAACAUUCUACCAGUGAUGCUGUUCCACACGGACCCAGUAUAGCCCACCAAAACCUACUAUAAGCUUGGCAAUGCUUCGUUCAUGAGCUCCUUGUGCCUUUUUUGGAUCAUUGCAACAUAUUUGAUGAUCGGGGAUUUGAAAGGACUUAACUCCACUAUUUUGUGAUGGGUAUACAUGCUUUUUUGUAUUUCCAGGACAUUCUUUUUUGUAAAGAGCAACUUUUAAUAUUGUAGUUUUCACCUAUUUAAUCCAGUUUAAAAACAGAAACAGUGAGGCACAGUUUUGCUUCUAGACGUGACGAGGGGCUACCAAUUGCCAAUUUCCACGUGCGGAAUCCGGGGUGUCCAGAGAUCGGUGGACUUGCACCCUUUCACUUGAGUUCAUAGAAAGUACGUGUGCCGUGUGUUUCAACAUUUUGUUACUCUCCCAAAGAAGACUGUUUGUCUUCUCGUCGCUGUUUUUUCCAUGUCCGCAUAAGUUAUAGCUCUUCUCAGUCACUAAAACUAGGCUUCAAAAUAGCUUUCCACAAGAAUAUACAUGAGAGCACCUCAGCCUAUAGGAUGUUGCUAUAGCACCUGCUUGAUCACCACAGUCUUUAUUUUCGGCCCCUGUAAAUGUAACAAACCUGCAAGAAUAUCAACUAUUUUGAAAAUUGGUACAGUAUUUUAGGCAGCUCUGUGAUCACCUGCAUUUGAGAGCAAUAUGUCAAUAGCUUUGCAAGUUAACACGUAGCGACUGAUAAUAGCUUAGUGUACAGUUUGUAUGUAUUACCUUUUAGAGCAGGGUUUCAGUCGUCGUUCAUCAUGGUAGGAAAUUUUAAAGCAAUACCGUUGAAGGGCAGGGGAGCUUUUAGCAAUAACGGACACAAUAUGGCUCAAUUUAAUCGUUUGUUCCUCUCCCCCCCCCUCCCCGGUAAAAUGGGGAAAGAGAAGCUCAUUCUGUGUUUGGGGAGGGGAACCUGGGAGAAGACCAUGGCAUGCGAUACAUACCUCACGAGCAGGUAUAAGUGUGUGACACCAGCGUUUUGUGUGGUGGUGUAUUUUCCUGUAAGAUAUUUAUACACUUAUGUUCUGAAAGUACAUUACAUGCAAUGCAUCACCAUAUGCUUAAUUUCCCCCAACCCCAAAGUGUAUUUUAAAUAUGUAUUUACCAGUUAAUAUGCAAAUAACUGAGUUAUAGAUAUUCUUUCACAAAAAGAUAGUACUGUGCAGUAUGGAGUGAUUUUUUUUUUCAUAAAAGGUAGAUAAAAUUAUAAACUUGCUUUCAAUUAUGUAUUUAUGGUACUGUUUAGAUGGGGUAAUAUCUUCUUUUUUUUUCCUUUUCAACCCAGUAUGUAUAUUAUGCUGAAGUUUGAAGUGGGGUUGUAUUUCAGUCCUUAGCUGUGGAACUGUUGGUGUAAAUUUAUUUUUGAUAAGAAGUCUGGAUGUGUUUAAUUUUAUAGUUUGGAUCUGCACAUUUUUGGGGGGUUUUGCACAAAAGUCAUUUUAAAGGAUUUGAAAUAUAUCUGCCAAAUACUGAAAGGCAUUAAUGGAGUGCAAGCAAAUAUUGAUUUUUUUUUUUUAGUUAAAAGUUGCCAUUACAUCCUUUUUUAAAAAGAAAAAAAAAGUUAUAAAGAUACUGGCGAGAGAUGGUGGUUAGAAAUGCCAAGGGCAAUUAUUUUCAAUGGUGCCUACACUGUAAAAAAAAAUUACUUUUAACUCCUUUGUUUUAAUUUUAAAGAAACGUUUGUUAAAAAAAAAAAUCUUUCAUCGCUAUAUAACUGAAACACAAUUAGAAUUUAUAUCUAAGGAAAAAAGUCUGGACAUAGUUUUUGAAAACAAUAAUGUUAUGGAUUAAAUAAAAUAUUUUUAUAAAUGUAAAAGCAGCAAAAAGUUGUAAAUACUGUUGAUCUGAAGCUUUACAAAAUAACUGCAUCACCGAUACAGAACUGUAGUGCUCUUCCCUUUAGCUGUUAGUCCUGUAAAUCUGUUGAUAGAUGAAGCUUCUUUCAAUGUUUUUUGGGGGAGGGGGGGCAGGCAAGGGGCAGCAGAAGGUUGACUGGUUUAAAAAAAAUAAAUAUUUAAGUUCUGUAA